UUCUUGUGGAAAGAUUCCAACAAUUUAGCAGAUCACCUUCUGAGCCUCUUUGCCUUCAGGAACCGAGGGCCUUUGGGGAAGAGAUUUCUAAAAGUGCAGGUGGGCCAGCCAUGAAAGCCUACCUCGUGGCCAUAAUCUUGAGUGCUGUCUUCCUCUACUAUGUGCUGCAUUGUAUAUUAUGGGGAACAAAUGUCUAUUGGGUGCCACCUGUGGAAAUGAAGCGGAGAAAUCAGAUCCAGCCUUGUUUAUCAAAGCCAGCUUUUGCUUCUCUCCUGAGGUCUCAGCAAGUUCACCCUUUCCUGUGUGCAGCAGAUUUUAAAAAGAUUGCUUCCUUUUAUGGUAGCGAUAAGUUUGAUUUGCCCUAUGGGAUAAAAACAUCAGCGGAAUAUUUUCGACUUGCUCUUUCAAAACUACAGAGUUGUGAUCUCUUUGAUGAAUUUGACAACGUGCCAUGUAAAAAGUGCGUGGUGGUUGGUAAUGGAGGAAUUUUGAAGAAUAAGACAUUAGGGGAAAAAAUUGACUCCUACGAUGUAAUAAUAAGGAUGAAUAAUGGUCCUGUUUUAGGACACGAAGAGGAUGUUGGGAGAAGGACAACCUUCCGACUUUUUUAUCCAGAAUCUGUUUUUUCAGAUUUCAGUCACAACGAUCCUAAUACUACAGUGAUUCUCACUGCUUUUAAGCCACUUGAUUUAAAGUGGCUGUGGGAAUUGUUGACAGGUGGCAAAAUAAACAUUAAUGGCUUUUGGAAGAAGCCGGCCUUAAACCUGAUCUAUAAACCCUAUCAAAUCAGAAUACUAGAUCCUUUCAUUAUCAGAAUGGCAGCUUAUGAACUGCUUCAUUUCCCAAAAGUGUUUCCCAAAAAUCAGAAACCCAAACACCCGACGACAGGAAUUAUUGCCAUCACACUGGCAUUUCACAUAUGUCAUGAAGUUCACCUUGCUGGUUUUAGAUACAACUUUUCUGACCUCCAGAGUCCACUGCACUACUAUGGAAAUGCCACCAUGUCUUUGAUGAACAAGAAUGCAUAUCACAAUGUGACUGCAGAGCAGCUAUUUUUGAAGGACAUUAUAGAAAAAAACUUUGUAAUCAACUUGACUCAAGACUGACGCUACAGACUCAGAAGAGGAUGCUAAUGCUAACAGUAUUAGUUUUAUUUUUAUACUGCAAUUUUUAGUUUAAAAUGUUGGCUGCACUCAUCAGAAAAUUAUGUAUAUUGUUUGCUGUUACCUGGUGAUUCAUAAUCACCAGCUUAAUUUGUGUGAAUAUAUUUAAUUUAAGGAAACCAAGAUAGAUAUAUUUAGUUAAAAUGUCAGGAAAUGUUUUGUUUGCAGUUUUUUU